AAUUUAAUUUCCUUUUUCUUUCUUUUUAUCGUACACCGCCCACCAAAAUAGUAAAUGUUUUUACCCAAUCUACAAACGCCACGUCAUCGUCUUCUCCUCUUCAUACUCGGAAAAAACCAAAAAUAGAGGCUACAGAGAGAACCUCAAAUAUAAGAGCCUGUCAAUCCAUCUCUUUCUCUAUCAAUUUCUCUCUCUGACAUCGAAAACAGAGCUCUCGAGCGACGAGGCUUCUGCACUCGCUUGCUCUUGACUCUCUCUGUGUUUAUAUCUCCGUGUCUAUUUUGUGAAGAAGAUGAGGCGCUCUGCCAUUAAAGCAGCUAAUAAACAGUUGGAACGGGUUGAUGCGUUUUUCAAUACAUAUGCAAAUGCGUCUUCUGGUUUGAUUGAUCCAGAGGGAAUUGAACGUCUGUGUUCAGACGUGGAAGUUGACCAUACUGAUGUAAGGAUAUUGAUGCUUGCCUGGAAAAUGAAAGCUGAAAAACAGGGAUACUUUACCCUGGAAGAGUGGCGAACAGGAUUUACAGCACUAAGGGUGGACAAUAAAUAUAAGUUAAAGAAGACACUUCCAGAGCUGGAGAAAGAGGUCAGGAGGCCAACAAACUUUGUGGAUUUCUAUUCCUAUUCAUUCCGAUAUUGUUUAACAGAGGAGAAACAGAAGAGCAUAGAUAUAGACAGCAUAUGCGAAUUAUUAAAUGUUGUUUUAGGAUCUCAAUACCAAGCGCAGGUUGACUUGUUUGUUCAGUAUUUAAAGACGCAGAAUGAUUACAAAGUCAUAAACAUGGAUCAGUGGAUGGGCUUUUACCGGUUCUGCGAAGAGAUAAGCUUUCCAGACCUAAGCAACUACGAUCCUGAACUUGCAUGGCCUUUGAUCUUGGACAAUUUUGUCGAAUGGCUGCGAGAGAAGCAGACCCAAAGCUGAUAAUUUUUGGUCAACUUGAGUCUCUGCUGUAAACCCCACAAUUGCUGGUGAAGUACUUUCCGAAUCCUUGUUUUCCCAAUUUGACAUCCUACCCAAAUUUUUGUUGUGAUUGGCCUUUUUGCAGGACAGUUAGACAACAAAAUCAAAUGGCUUCAGGAAUUUUAUUUCGUUUUUUUUUUCCUUCCAAACAUGAAAAGCUUCCUCAAAGUGCUCACCUUUGGAAAUUGCAUGUUUGUGUUAUGGAUAUGCUUGGGAUAGUCUUGUUGAAUGUUAUAGCCGCUUCCAUAAUUUUUUCUGUUGAAUAUUCAUAAUGUUGUAAGUUAUUUGAGCUGAUUGAUCAAGUUAAGGCCGUUGGAUUAUGCAAUUUUAGUGUGGAGAUUGUAUCAUGAAUGUUGUUGAUAGAAUAAAAGAGGCACUUUUCAAUCAUAAUAGCCGUGAUUUAGAUGCCUCUCUGGCAUCAUUGUAUAAAGGCCAAGAACAUCUAAUAACAUACACCACUUCGAGAA